AUGUACCAAACCCAGCCUGGAUACCCUGCUCAAUCAUCAAACAUGCCACCCCUCUACCCUUCUCAACCUGGCUACCCUCCCCAAGAUGCUUCUUCUCAGCCUUUAUAUCCAGCACAGCCAGGUUAUCCCACCACGGUACCUACAGGUGCAACUACAGGGUAUCCAUCCCAACCAGGGUAUCCACCCACUAACUAUGCUCCAAAGCCUAAUGUAGGAGAGGGAUCUUUUCCAAGUUCAGCUCCUUCAACUACUUUGAAUGACAACCUUAAACAGAUGACCAUAUAUGGAGGGGCUGAAUUAUUCCAUCCAACUGUAAAACCUGCAAGUCCUUUCUCUGCUGAAAGUGAUGCCAGUGCCUUACGUAAUGCUAUGAAAGGAUUUGGCACUGAUGAAGCUACCAUUAUAAACAUAUUGAGUAGAAGGUCCAACAAACAACGUCAGGAGAUUGCUGUUAUGUUCAAAACAAUGUAUGGCAAAGACAUAAUUCAAGACUUGAAGUCUGAACUGAGCGGACAUCUGGAAGAAGCUAUUAUGGCCCUGUUUAAGCCACCAGCCUUUUAUGAUGCUUGGUCACUUCAUAAAGCCAUGUCUGGUCUUGGUACCAAAGAUUCUGUUCUUGUGGAAAUCCUCUGCACCAGAACCAAUGCCGAAAUCCAUGAAAUUGUCAGCAAUUACAAACUACAUUUCAGACAAGAUUUGGAGAGAGAUAUCAUGUCAGAUACAAGUGGCCAUUUUAAACGCCUACUUGUUUCCUGUCUCCAAGGUAAUCGUAACGAGUUAACACAGGAACAAAUCCAGCGUGUCAUCAGGGAGGGACCUGCCAGUGUGAUUAAUCUUGCUCAAGCCCGUGAGGAUGCCCAAAGACUGUACCAGGCUGGAGAGAACAGAAUUGGCACAGAUGAGUCAACAAUACUUUCUAUUUUGGCUAUACGAAAUUAUUAUCAGAUGAAAGCCACAUUUGAUGAAUAUGCAAAGAUUUCUGGCAAGGACAUCAUUGAUUCUAUCAAGUCAGAGACUUCUGGAGAUCUUGAGUCUGGGCUCAAAGCUUUAAUUACCUGUUCCCGUAACCGACCUGAAUUCUUUGCCAAAUGUUUAAACAAAGCUCUAAGUGGAAUGGGUACAAAAGACCACACCCUUAUCAGAGUUAUUGUAUCUAGGUGUGAGAUUGACCUUCAAAGCAUCAAAAUUGCUUACCAGAAUAAAUAUGGCAAAAGCUUGUGCCAGGCCGUUUCUUCAGAUACCAGUGGAGAUUACAAGAAAUUACUCUUGGCACUCGUUGGUGAAUAA